AUGAAUCCAGACAUUUUGAUGCAGCUAUUCAAGGGCCUUUCUGCCACAGAUGUCACCAAAACCGUCCAUACAGAGCCAUAUGCAGCCAUCUCACCCUCUCGACCUGAGCUUAAUCAAGCCGGAAAGGUCGUUUUGGUCACCGGUGGAGGUACCGGGGUAGGCUUCAACAUUGCCAAAGCCUUCAUUCGCGCAUCGGCGGACACAGUGAUUAUUAUUGGCCGCCGUGCUGAUGUGCUUGAAAAGGCUGCUUCGGAUCUCAGACAAGAAGCCAUGUCCGUCGGAACAAGUACGAAGAUCAUCAACCGCCCUGUUGAUGUUCUUGACUCGACACAAACCAAUGAGUUUUGGGAAUAUCUUGCCGCUCAAGGGGUUACUGUCGACGUAUUCGUUGCCAACGUUGGCAAAAGUUCAGUCCCAAAAUCGUUGAUCGAGCUUGGUGCCGCCCGUGUCUGGGAGGACUUCGAGAUCAAUGUCAAGUCGCCACUGUACUGGACGGAGAAAUUCUACACUCAGCCUGGAGACAAGAAAAAGUAUCUGAUUAACGUAUCAUCCUCGGUUAUUCACAUGGCUGGAUAUCCAGGGGUUGGCGAUCGCCCUGCCUACGUCUUGACCAAAAUGGCGGGCACAAUGUUCUUUCAGCUUACUGCUCAACAAGUGACGCCUGAGAAAAUGCAGGUAAUUAGCCUCCAUCCGGGCUCUAUCUACAGCACCGGAUGGGAAGCUGUGGGUCUCAAGAUUCCUAGGGAGUCAUUUGAUAGUGAUGACCUUUGUGGAGCCUUUGCUGUCUGGGCUGCCACCGAUGAGGCCAGGUUCUUGCAUGGUAGAUUUGCCUGGGCAUCCUGGGAUGUCGAGGAGCUUGCUACCGGAGAGCUUAGGAAGAGAAUUGAUGAGGAUCCUUAUUUCCUCAGAACAUCAAUCUCAGGCCUGAAUAGUACUAACCUGUCAUAA